AAAUAUCUUGAUCUUGACACCUGAAAAUUGUAUUAACUUAUUCGAUCAUUUGUUUCGACAAUCAUUAUUUUCGACCUCAUACAAACCACAAACAUCUGUAGUCCGAUAUUUAUAUAUUAUCGUUUCUAGAUGGGUGUUGCCACUCAGUACCUGGUUCUAGAUAUUUCUCAACGAAAAUUAGUCAGACAGUUAGGCGCCUGCGGCUACUAUUGAUCCGAUGUAGUUGUGUAGAGUCUGUGGGUUAGUGUCGAAAAGCAAACGAUGAUGACAAAUAAAUACAGCAUUUAUUUUAUACUGUAAAUAGAAAGUGAUUUAGUUAACAGUGAGAAUAAUUAUUUUAUCCAAAAGAUGUGCAUAGAUGGGACAUGUUGCUGUAUGCAGGAAGAGACAGGGUGUCUCAUAUUAUUGGCUUUUAUUAGUACUAUCCUUUCGGGCCUGGUGAUCGUAUUCUUUGUGGGUUUAAUUUACUAUCUCAAUUACAUCUUGGGCUUCGGUGGCGACCCAAUAAGUUAUGGGUUUCUUCAAAUAUAUAACAUGUUCUUCAUCCUUGCUAUUUGUUCAAUAACGUUUUUAUGGGUUUUUACGUUGAUUCUGCUGUAUGGGGCUGUGAAGAAAAAGGAGGAUUAUCUAGAAGCCUACAUCGCUUGCGGAACAUUACAAACUGUUUUUGUACUGUCCUUAUAUCUGUUUUUUUCAUUAUUGUGCAGUUUUCGAGGUUACCAUGGCUAUGGUAUUUAUUUACUUCUUUCCAUGGUGUCAAUCAUACCAGUAGGUUUGUGUUCUGGUCUAAUUUUAUAUGCAGUGCGUGCUACAUCCCCCAAACUCGACAGAAGUUUACCACAGCCGAAAUCAAAACCAGAAGAGACUAUCGUGUAAGCAGUGGAAGCGAGAGCGUUUAUUUUGGUCUAUUUAACUGCAUAAUAUGAUAAAUUGUUGUCAUUUAAACUCCUGAAGGAUUUGUGAUUUAUAGGAGUAGGUUAAGGAGUAUUCCUUAGCGUUUUCCAUACAAAUGUCAAUUUUGAUAUUCAUGAGCUUCUAUGUAUUCAAAACCUAUAUUACUAGUACGAGUAUAUAUAUAUAUAUGUGCUUAUAUUAUCAAGUGUUGAUAAAAUAGUUUUUAAUGAUAUUUAUAGACGCAGACAAUUAAAUUAUUAUAUCUUAAGAAACGAGUUCUUAAAUUAU